UGGAGUGUGGGUUGUGGAUGAUUUUAAUGGAGUGUUAAUUAUUUUGUAGAAUAAUUCAUGAAAUAGAUGAAAUUGUUGGGUGGAGUGCAUUGCAUUUUAUUUGGGGCACAAUCAGUAUUUUCUGUUGUUAACAUAAAUUCUAACAUAAACACCAAAAAUAAGAGACGAUAGUUUUGUGUUAUUUCUGACAGUUUACAAAUUGCAUAACUUACUUUUUCCCAAAUCCUAAUAAAAUUCCUCUGCUACUCUCCUGUGCUCAAUCUUCGCCGUCAAUGGAGGAAAAUUCAUUCGAUCCGGAUUUAAUUCGCGCUAUUUUCAAACUCGUCUGGGAAAAACGAGGAGCAGAACGGGAGAAGAAUCAACUCUCAGAAAAUGAAGCAGAGGCUGGACCAAGUACGACCAAGAGAAGCAGGCUAAUUCCUGCCAACGGGAAUGCACUGAAGCUGAGCUGUGAACUCCUCCGAGUUUUUGUGGCAGAGGCUAUCCAGCGUGCUGCUGCCAUUGCUGAAGCAGAGGGCUCAUUGAAAAUAGAAGCAACUCAUCUAGAGCGGAUACUUCCUCAAUUACUUUUAGACUUUUGAGGUACCUUUGAGCUUUGAUUUUCUGUGGAGUUACUUCCAGUCAUGUAUUGAACCCAAUUAGUGCUCCUGAAAGUCAUAUUUUGAUUCAGAUGAUUUAAUCAUAUUCCCAUCCUUUAAAAUGUCUACUCUUUUACCA